AUGCUCUUUGUGAACCCAGUCCCCCCCCCUCCCCCAAAUCAACAAUGGAGUCUCCUUCGAUCAUAUAAUGCCCUUCCUAGUUGCAUCCUUGCUAGUUCGCACCUUCCAUCUUUCUUUCUCAUCUCAAAUUUUUAUGACUACUUCUUCUCCCCUCCUCCUUCUACUCUCUUUAGUAGCUCUGCUACUCACUCUGGAGCUUACUCCUGUUCUUCCUCUUCCUACUCUGAACUCUGUUGUCUCUGGAAUGCCUCACUCUUGUCAGUCCCCUCCCUCAUUCUGUAUUUCAUUUUUCUCUCUCUCUCUCUCUGUAGAUUUCAUUUUUCUCUCUCUCUCUCUCUCUCUGUAGAUUUCAUUUUUCUCUCUCUCUCUCUCUCUAGAUUUCAUUUAUCUCUCUCUCUCUCUCUAUUUCUCUCUCUCUCUAGAUUUCUCUCUCUAGAUUUCUCUCUCUCUCUCUCUCUCUGUAGAUUUCUCUCUCUCUCUGUAGAUUUCUCUCUCUCUCUCUCUCUCUGUAGAUUUCUCUCUCUCUCUCUCUCUCACUCCCUUCCUGUCCAUCUUUCUCAUACCCGCCUCCUCCCUGGGGCAUACAACUGGCUUUUAUCCCUACUUUCUUCUGCUCUCCCUUUUUCCACUCCCAAGGCUAUCCCAUUUCCUUAA